ACAAUUAUCCGAUUAAAAUUUUAUAAUAAAUCAUCACAAAGAACGAGAGAUAUUGCUCAAUCAACGCAACAAGUCGAUUUAACGUCAAUACAAACAACAGAACCAUCGAGUGGUCCAAUUUAUACAACAUACACUAACUAUCGACUUGGAAAUUUGGCAGAAAGAUCUGAUUUAUUUCUUACAUCUCCACCACCAACAUAUCGUAAUGAUUUACCACCACCUUAUUCUACAAAACCAGAGACUUCUAAUGUUUCUGAAGGUAUACCUGAAAAUACUUCAUCCAUUCUUCAUUCUACAAAAUCAGAGACUUCUGAUGUUUCUGGAAACUUAUCUGAAAAUACAUCUCCAUUCCUCCAUUAA